AUGUCGGUAUCUUCAAAAAGAGAUUCCGAGGUGCCUGGCACUCUGCUUAAAGUGGCACAUCAGCGACGGCAGGACACAUCCGAUGUUUCGCACUCAGCACCAUCCAGCGAGACGAAUAUACAGACGUUGAAACGAUUGAUGUUCACAAAAUCAGCUAUUUCCACGACUUCCUCAUUUGCAGACCGUCAACAAAGUUCAACUGGUCAGCAAAACACCUUCCGCGAAGCAGGGACCGGUUCUGUCGGCAUUGUUCUGGAGCAUCCUGGCACUAUCUGGGUCUACAAGUUCUGUCUCUUAGACCAAAGCGACAAAUUAUGGAACAACUAUGUCAUGGGAGUGAGAAUACAGGACAGCUUUUCCCGCAAUGCCUUGAUUUCUGGAGAGGUGGCUAUCCCACAAUGUGUAUGGUUUGCCACGGCAAACUCUGAUUUCUGGUCAAGAUACAACCAGCAAAUUCCCCAAUCGCGAAAACCGGGAGACGUGCUUUGUAUGGAGCGCAUCUUUCCCCUCCCGCAAAUCAUACGCAACAAGAUCAUAGAUGUCUUCUGUCAACUUGAUGAACCCGCUCGAGAACAGGCAAAGAAUGUCGCAAGCAAUAAAGACUGUCUGAUCCGCCCAUAUCUUGGCCGAAUGCGAAUCACCAAUGAUCAUAGUCGACUCAAAUCAUUUUCUCUUCGCAACUACAAGCUCCAUCUCGAUCAAAUCCAGUACCUUGGCCUAUUUGCAGAUGAAUACGCCACAGCAAUGGCUAAAUCACUGGCGGUCAUGCAUUGGGAUAUCAGAAUCGACGCUGCCGAUGUCGAGUUUAGGCAACGAUUUCCGGGUCAACGAAAUUCUGAGCGGUUACAAGGCCUGGCGGAAAAGAGCGACACAUACCAAGAAGUUGUGAUAUCUAAUCCAAACUUCAAGCAGCGACUGAUAAGUCUCUGGCUUCUGGACUUUGACGCGUGUAAAAAGAUCAGCAUGGACAACAGUGGUGUCCAACAGGCGGUUAGAGCAUUCUUGGAAAAUGAGCCAUACUAUCCAAGACCAAAUGGCAGUUCAAAAUACAGUGUUCACCUAUGGGAAGUCUUUUGUGCCGAAUACCUGGCUGCCAGCGCGACAGUUCUCGCCGAUGAACCCGACAUUGCAGACCUACCACGUUUAUUUCUGACCAGCAUCACCAAUGCUCUAUCUGUCGGAACUCCACAACCAGAUCGUGGUGGGGCAGGUCUGAGCGAUUUUGCUACUCGAAAUGGUGGAAGACGAGGAGGAAGGAGACAGGGUGGUGGAAGAGGACAUAUCCGCGAAAGCGCCGAGUUCGAAAGCGAGCAGUUCUAUAGCAGUACACGUUCAAGACGCGUUUGGCGAGAUAGACAACCAUGA